AUGACAACUGGCAAAUUACAAUCUGGUAAAUCAGAAUCAGAUAUGCUGCAGCUGAAGCACAAACCAAGGGAACCAAGCUGGCCUAUUACCCAUUCUAAUCAGAUCCUAGUCCACCUAUCACAGCUGGACUGGGACCAGUUCCACGUUGGGGACUUCUACGUCUAUGUCCGCUACCUUGGUCCUAAAAAAGUAACUCUAGUCCUAGUAGCAUGCCCUGAGACAGAAGGGACGCUGACAGAGGUUCCGAUCCCGAUGGAGAUGUUCAGGGAAUUCUUCUCCUACCACGCUCCACAGAGGUUGCUUCUAGGAGAACUUAAGACCAAAGACACAGAGGAUGUUACGGGAUUAAAGACUAUUGUUGUUGCCACGGAUACAGGUAUCAUGAGGCAUCUUUGGCCGGAUGUUUUGAAGCCACAGUUUGAGCUGAAAAGACGGUCAUCAUGGAGGAAGAAGAAAAGGAAAGGAGAGGGCGGUGUGACAUCAGGGGCAAUAACAGAUACAGGUACAGAUCAAGAGACCAAGAUGCCUACCAGAAUGGCGUCUUUCUCAAGAACCAGCAGUGAAUCCAAGAAGAAACCUCUUCCACCAUUCCGUGCUCCUCAGAGUACCCUAGAAGUCAAUUUUGAAGUCCUCCAUUCCGAAGCUAUCAACCUCACAGGUUCAAGAGACCAAGGUGGUAGGGCAGUCCUGGAGAUAAAAGCCAACAAUCAUGUCUGGUGUAAUCCUGAUGUCACUCUAGAUGACAUUGUCAAACUCCUCGCCUAUGUCUACUCAAUACCGAGGGAGGAAGUGCGUUGGAGAGGUUUGAGUAUUGCAGUGGAUGCCAGAACAGCUCCCAAAUCAGACGUAGAGAGAGUCACAGAAGCGCUUCAGCUCCUUCAUGAGCAUCAUCCAGGAGCUAUAGAUCAUGUUUAUCUCUUGAUUGGACACAACUCAGUCUUAGCCAGAGUCACCAGGGCAACUAAUACUCAACUCCUCAAGACAAGACUAGAUUAUAAGAUGGACUUGGUACGUUCUGUGGAUAAACUCUACCAACACAUCCCCAAGGAACAACUGACCAGUACUUUCAGUGGGACCUUCAAGUACACCCAUGAAGAUUGGAUCAGGUUUCGAAUGAGGUUAGAGCCAUUCAUCUGUGGAUGCAAGAGUGCUGCCAAGUUCCUCCUGACGUCAGUAGAUGAGCUUAGUCGAGGAUCUACCAAGGCACCGUCAGAAGAACUCAGAGACACCAUCGAUAGGUUAAAGGUCAAACACGAAGAGGUGUACAAGGAUUCUAGGAUGGCCAGUCUUCACAAGGAGGGUGAUUUCAUCUUGGAAACACUCAAGAAAGAAGAGGGUGCACUCAGACAGACUGAGGAUUUCAGGUUAGUAGAGUUAUCACUGUCAUCAUCUUUCUUGCUCACUUUCUCUAAAACUGGAAGAUCUUUGGAAUGAUAUGGCUAAAGAGUUUGUAAAUCAGACGUAAGUGAACCAAAGUUGUCUGUACUUAGCCAGGAUAUGUCUAUCAAUGUUUUUCACUAAUUUUAUUUUUGAUGAAUAUAUGUGUAUAUGACCUGAUUGAAUUGAUUAUCAAUAAUUGUCCUUGGAUGCUGAUAUAUUGUGUAUAUCUGGCAUGUAAUAGUUCAGACCAUUUUAGGUUGUUUCCCGCAAAUGCUGUUUAGGGGCCUUUAUGAAUUGCUUGAUCUGCUAUCAGAUGGGUGCUUUUUGUCCCUUUAAAGAGAAGUUCUUUCAUCAGGAUACUGAACUUGGAACCACUGAACUUGGAGAGGUGUGUAUCGAUGAUGCUUGGAAGGUACAAUGUAUCAAUUACAUCAAGGAGAAUGACAUAUAACUGUAGCAUCACUUCCUCGUUUCCCCCGUGAGAUGAUAAAUCAGAUUGAAUCAAAUAUUAAGUGUGAAGUAGAUCUUAUCACCGAGAUUGCCCGUGGUAAAGAUGCCUUGCGGAAUCACGGUACACGAUGUUAACAUCUCUGUGAUUAAAAGAAAAAGAGAGAAAAGGGGGAUCUAUACAAAAGUUUGGUUUGACCUGAAAUGAAUAGAGUUCAAACCAUUAUUAAUCCUGACUUGAAGGCUUUUUAAGUGAAGAGCCCGUAGUCUACCACCACAAUGAACUUGUAAUUGGGUGAUUUAUGCACCCCUGUGGUCAAUAGAUAGGGGUCUUUUGUUACCCCUCCAUAUCUUUACCAACCUCUUCAAUGUCGGGUACUCCUGCAAAGGAUCCGCACAAAAGAGGGAGUUAUGGAUUUGAAUAAAAGUUUCUACCCAAUAUGACCCGAGUGAUAUGUCAUCUGAUUUGAUGUAUUAAAUCAAUUCAACCAUGUAGGUUUUUAGCCUCCUUCUUCCCGUCGAGCUUGUAUUUAACACUCCAUUUCUGGAAUCUUCCCAGUGAUGAAUGCUUCUAUUAUAAAAUUCCUUUAAGCUUAAUGUCUAUAAAAACCUAGUCUUCUUGGUUGAGUAUAAAUCAUGAUUUAUCUCUGAUGGUAGUGUAUAUUCCUGAAUUCUUAAUCUCAUGUUUUAGAAACCUUUAAUUAAGAGCUUAGUCAUUCUACUUCUCUCCGUUGGAGUCAAUGGUAUGCCAUUAUGUCUCUCUUUUAUGUUGCACUUUUUACAAGUUUUAUUACCAUCCACCUAUAUAAGAUGUGAUUAAAAUCGGUAAAUGUAGGAAUACACAGGCACGGUCAUAAUGGAUUAGAUUUAUUUCUGCUGAAGAAUGGUACUUUUUCAAGUUUUAAUUUUGACCCCUUGCAAUAUAAUAUAUGGUAGACUGCUGGUUUCUUGUACAAUGUAUCUUAUUUUUCUUUUUUUACCAGGUUCCCUUUAUUUAAGGACCCUGGAAGCCUGAUCUAUUUUUCUUCCUUUUUUCACAUUUCGUGUGGAUCAUUGGCUGUGUUUUGCAUCCUUUAGUUUGUAAUGCUGGAUAAUCUUGUCCAAGCAAAAUUGUGGUAUUAAUCUGUAGUUCCAGGACUUUAUAGAAGAGAAAGCGUGUCUCUUUAGUUCACUUGACAAUGUUUUUAUUUUUUGUUUUGUUUGUUGGAGAGGAAGUAAUCUACAACCCCCCCUACAAGCUUACAAUCAAUACUCCCUUAUAAGGUUGGUUAAUAGACCCUUCACAUUCCCUUAAAUAUCCAAAGAAGCAAAGCACAAAGAG